UUAAAUAAUAAUCAGCUGCGUGGUUUUAUUCGUUUCGAUUUAUUUUAUCGAUCAUAACCAAGUAUAGCAUGUGUUUAUGUAUUUAUUGGCAAUGUUUAAGUUAAAAUGUUAGUUUUAUUUCUAAGUUUUGCUCUGCUGAGAAUAUCUGUUAGUUUAUCUGUCAGUUUACCUACAGAAAAAAAUGGACGUCUAAAAGUUCAACUUCAAAGAUCAUUAUCACACGUCAAUGAAAUGCUAGCUGACAUCGAAGGGAAAAUAGAUAAGGAACGAAGGCUUUUAUCACAAGUCGAUACGGACUUGAAUGUGAAAGACGCAAAUUACAUGGACUACACAGUGACAGACAUUUGGUGGCACGGCUCCGAAAUACCUGAUGAACCGACCUUGCCUUCAUUCACUACUGCAGCUACAACUAAACCCUCUGUAUUUGUAAAAACUACAAAGUCUACAGUGGGUACCCACCCACCGAACUGGCCAUUUCCAAAGGAGGAGGAAGGAGCGAACUCUACACAAAAAGAAAGCUUAUUAAUGCAUGAUCUGAAGAGUAGUAUGGCGGUAGACGGCCUCGGCUACGGCAGUGCAUUCACAGUCAAACUCCUGGAAAUUGCCAGGAAGAAAGAUUUUCUAACCACAGCCGAAUUGUUUAAUGCUUUCUCAGCUGGCAUGAACAAACGAAUCGACGAAGGAAAACUUGCAAGUAUGGGACAGGACUUGUUGGGAGCAAUAAAACGGUCACUAGUCAUGUUACAAUCUGAUAGUUCUGGACUAUACAAUGAAGAUGCAUGGGCGAUGAUGGAUAUGGUCCAUUUGGUAGUUAAAAACAAAAAUAUACCAAUCUACGAGCAACUUAGGCAAGCUAUUAAUUUAUACGACAGCAUGUUUACGAAAGAAGAAGGAGAAGAACUCUUUGCGUCGCUUGAAGUUUUCGAGCGUUAUCCUGAAGGAGGAAAAUCCGCAACAGAAGUAUGCGAACGAAUAAUAGAUGCCUUCCUAGCUCCAUAUAUUAGGAUGGAUGGUUCAAGGGAACAAAAACACUUUGUUCGUCUUAUUAUGCAAUCUGCUGAAUCUGCAAAUCCAGGAUGGCGAGCACAAGACUUUGCUUUGCGUAUGGGCUCCAACACAACCAUACCAGAAAGAAGGAGUAUGAACUACAAAAAAAUUGUCCAACACCUAUUACAUAAACAUCCCAGAAUACUAAAGAAGUUAAAUGAACACCAUAAAGUCAAAAAGUUAAGAAAAUAUCGCCGGGAUUCACGAGACUACGAAGACUACGAUGAAACCAGAUCAAAAAAACAUUCAAGUCGUCGUUUUAGACAAAGAGCAUUUUCAGAAAGUAGCAAUGAAGCUGACCGUGAUAGUACGGAUAGUACAUUAUAUCAUGAACAUCAUAUCAAUCACGUAUCUUCUUAUAGAAAAAAAGUUAUGCAUCAAAUCAGAAGACGAAACAGAAUGAAGAGACGCAAGCAUCGCCGGGAGAGACGCAAGCAUCGAAGACAUCGGAAACGGAAACAACGAGAAAGACAACUUUCUAUGGGAAACCUUAGCACUACUCUUACCACUGCUACUGCUACUACUUCUACUACUGCUACUGCUUCUUCUACUUCUACUACUACUGCUGCUACUACUACUACUACUACUAUUGCUGGUAAUGCUGCGGCCAAAAAACUUGUUUCCAGCUAUAGUCCAGAAUAUUUGAAACAACUUGCAAUAAGCUAUUUUAGAAAGAAGCAACAGGCUCAAAACUUUAGGAGAUUCAACGUACCAUCUACCGAGGAAGAAAUGUACGAUAAUAUAUCAGUUUACUCAAGUAAUUCUACAGAACAUAACAAUUUACUUCAAAAAAUAAGAGAAGAUUCAAGUUACAGUGAUGAAGAAGAACAUUUAAGGAACAAUCUGUAUGAUGCAUUGAGGCAUGACAACAGAACACUAGUUCAAUUUAGAGCGAUACACGGUGAGGACACCAUGAACGAUACUAUCCGGGGUAUAAGCAGAGAAUCUGAUAACGAAUGGGUAUUAAAGAACAACAUUUAUAAAGUAUUCGAGAAAAGAAAUCAAGUAUACCGAAAAUGAGAGUUCUGAAGUUAGUGACUAUUAUGAUCAUGUACAAAAUAAAUAAAACCAUUUUAUUAUUAAAACGAAUAA